AUGAUUCGAGAUCGUGAUGCUCGUCCUGAGUUUCCGUGGCAGGAAAUUGCCUAUGUUGUCGCAUGGAUGUUACAUGAUAGGCAGAACCUUGGACGCACUCGUGUGCGAAAGAUGUCGGAGCAAAUUACCCAGAACACGAACCUGACCCCUGAUUACUCCAAGUCAAGAAAGGGCAAAGCCAAGAAAGAACGCAAAGGCAAUACCUUAGGCCUUUUCGUGUCAGCGAAGCUCGACAAGUCACGCGCAUGA